AUGUCUAACUCAAUCAAGAAGCUGUAUGAUGAAUGGAGUAUCCAAGGUUUCGUUCUGUUCAGUCUCUCACUACAGAUCAUUCUAAUUCUGUUUGCACCAUUUAGAAAACGCACAGGAAAUAUGAUCGUAAUCUCGCUGAUUUGGCUAGCUUACUUGCUGGCCGAUUGGGCUGCUAUCUUUGCAUUGGGACUUAUUUCCAGCCGUCAAAAAUAUACUCAAAAAUUUGAUGAUCAUGCUGACAUUCGGGUGUUUUGGGCUCCCUUUCUUUUGUUACACCUUGGUGGUCCAGAUACCGUAACUGCUUUUGCUAUGGAGGAUAAUGCUCUCUGGCUAAGGCACUUAGUUGGACUCCUAAGCCAGGUUGUCACUGCUAUUAUUGUCUUUGGCCAAUCCCUUCCCAGUAACAAGUUAUGGGUCCCUACUCUCCUUCUGUUUGUUGUUGGAACCAUCAAGUAUGGUGAGCGAACAUAUGCUUUAUUUCAAGCAAACCUGAAUACAUUUCGGAAAUCCAUGCUUAAAGCGCCUGACCCAGGGCCUGACUAUGCAGAGUAUAUGGAGAAAUACUCUGCAAUAAAAAAGGACAACCGCGAACCUAAUAUUUGGAUCGAGGAGGCACCUGAAAGAGCCAUGACCUCCCAUCAAAGCGAUCUCGAUGCUAUUGCGGAGGUGCAACAUGCUUAUCAAUUCUUCGAAAUCUUCAAGGGUCUCAUUGUGGAUCACAUCUUUAGUACCCGUGACCAUUGGCAGAGCCGAGAUUUUUUCGGUCAGAGAACCGCAGAGGUUGCUUUGAAAGUCGUAGCAGUUGAACUCAACUUCUUCUAUACAGUUCUCUAUACGAAGGUUGUCGUGAUACGUUCAAUAUUUGGAUACUUUGCCCGGUUUAUAUCCAGUUGUGCGAUUGUUGCAGCUCUUUCAACCUUCUAUUCAUUAGAUAAGCAUGGUUUUGGCAAGAUUGACGUUGGAAUUACCUAUACCUUGCUCUUUGGUGCCAUAGCCUUGGAUACAAUUGCUCUCUUUAUGCUGGCUUUCUCUGAUUGGACUGUUGCUGUUGCUUACACCCAGCAGGUGUAUACAUUUACUCACACCAGCAAUAAAAGAUGGAAAGGAAUAAACAUAUGCUUCCUCCCUCUCUUCAGAUGCUUCCUCCCUCUCUUCAGAUACUUUCUCCAUCUCAAGAAGAUAAACUGGGGGGAAGAUAUAGAAUCAAUGAGUUGCUUGGGACGGGCUAGACAAAUCCUAUUUCGGAGGUGGUCUGAAUCUCUAAAUCAAUACAACUUGAUACAUUAUUGUCUGGAGGAAGGUACAAAACAGAAUCGUAGUCACUUUGCUAGUUUUUGUCGUAUGUGUUUUUCUCUCUUCAACUUGAAGGAUUUCUAUGAUAAGAUUACAUAUGUGUCCAAGAAACCAUUUGAAAAAAAGCUAUGGGAUUUCAUCUUUGUUCAGCUGAAAAAGAAAUCCGAUCUCGCAGAUGAACCUGAGUCACCUGACACUGCGAAGAGAAUAUGUUCAGCCCGAGGGGAAUGGGUUCUACAAAAUAAUGAUUGGACUACGGAGGGUAGCAGCAAGUUGAUGCAUUAUAUUGUCGACGUUGGUUUUGAUCAGAGUCUUAUAUUAUGGCAUAUUGCUACAGAUCUCUGCUAUCAUGACCAUACAAUCCAUGAGAGUGAUGAAGACACUCGUAAUCGUCGUGAAUUUUGUAAAAUCCUUUCGGAUUAUAUGUUAUAUCUUCUAGUUAUGCAGCCUACUAUGAUGUCUGCUGUAGCAGGUAUUGGCCAAAUAAGAUUCCGCGAUACUUGUGCCGAGGCCAAAAGAUUCUUCGACAAAAAGGUCGACCUACGACAAGAACAAGAUCAAGAACAUAAACAGGCUUGUACUAGAAUCCUUGAAGUAAAUACUGAUUUGGAACCUGCUAGUCUGAAGGGAGACAUAAGCAAAUCUGUGUUGUUCGAUGCAUGUAUUCUCGCAAAAGAGCUAAGAAAUUUGGAGUACAAAAAGGGAUGGGGUGUAAUGAGUGAAGUGUGGGUGGAAAUGUUGUCUUAUGCUGCAAGCCAUUGCAGGUCCAAUACUCAUGUUGCUCAACUAAGCAAAGGAGGAGAGCUUAUCACAUUUGUCUGGUUAUUAAUGGCUCAUCUUGGCAUUGGAGAUCACUUCCAAUAUACUGCUACACAAGUUUCAAAGAUUUCGAUUCACAGUCUCCAAGAGGGAGUUCAAUCUGACAGUCCGAGUGAUUUCGAUCCAUGA